AUGGGCUCUCCUAUCCAGUCUCCUAACUCUCUCGGCGGCGAAUCCGAAUACCUAAGCACUCGCGAGGAUGCCACUCCGCUCGCCACUCCGCUUCCCACUGAUAACGAAUUUCGCGGUAUUCCUCGCCCUGGCGUUGGUCCCGCCCGAUCGAAUACCUCCCCGCCAAGCGAGUCGACGAGUCUUCUUCAAAAUGUCCUCAUCGACAAUCCGUCUUCCAACAGCUAUACUCAUGGCACCUUUUCCCCUCGGCCCGUGAGCUCUGUCGGGAGCGACCACGCCUCGUCUUCGGCGUCUGAGAUCCCCAUUCUCGACCCUAUGUUGACUGCCAUCACCGGUGACGACCAUUGGAGGAGGCGCUUCAUAAGGAGCAUCAAGAGCAAGAAGAUGCAUACCUCGAGCACCCUGGCAGAGCAGGCCGGUUUCAAGGACAACCUCUGGAUGUAUCUCUCCUACUACAUUCCCCUCCUGACAUGGCUGCCCCAAUACAAGUGGUCCUACCUGAAGGGAGAUUUCGUUGCAGCCUUGACUCUCGCGUCCCUUUACCUGCCAAUGGCUCUCUCGCUUGCCGACAACCUGGCACAUGUUCCUCCGAUCAACGGACUGUAUGCCUUCGUCUUCAACCCCUUCAUCUAUGCCAUAUUCGGUAGCGCGCCGCAGAUGGUCGUCGGCCCGGAAGCUGCCGGCUCUCUGUUGGUUGGGUCCGUGGUCAGAGGUAGCAUCGACCAAGACCAGGGCGACGAGUACAAUGCCGAGGUGCAAGCCAAAAUUUGCGGAGUAGUAGCGGGCAUGGCCGGUGCUACGGUUUUGAUCGCUGGACUGGCUCGAUUGGGCUUUCUUGAUAGCGUUCUCAGCAAACCUUUCCUGCGAGGUUUUAUCUCUGCCAUUGGUUUCGUCAUUGCCGUGGACCAGGCGAUUCCUGAGCUCGGCCUUGUCGAGUACGCGGCGGAAGCGGGCGUGAGCCACGGGAGUAGCAUGGACAAGCUGGAAUUCAUCUUCAACUCUUUCGACCAUGUCCACAAGCUCACCUUCAUUGUUGCCGGAGUCAGCUUCGUGAUCAUGAUGACGAUGAGAGAAGUCAAGAAGCACCUCCAGCCCAAGUAUCCUGGGGUUGCGUACAUACCCGAUCGCUUCUUUGUCGUCCUCAUUGCCGCCAUCCUGUCUUGGUACUUUGACUGGGAUAGCAAGGGUGUCGAGAUCCUAGGACCCGUCAAGGCGCCGUCGGGACAUCUCUUCGCCUUCCGCUGGCCUUUCCAGACUGCCCACAUGAAGCACAUCCGCGAGGCCAUGGGCACGUCCUUCCUGAUUGCGCUUCUGGGCUUCUUUGAAUCGUCCGUUGCGGCCAAGAGCCUCAGCAGCUCUGAUAGUGUGCAAGGGGUCCAGCUCAGCCCCAACAGGGAACUCGUGGCACUGGGCGCUGCCAACGUUGUCGGGGCCUGCUUCAUGAGUUUGCCUGCCUUUGGCGGUUAUGGAAGAAGCAAACUGAACAAGCAGACGGGUGGCAAGACGCCCAUGAGCUCCAUCUUUCUCAGCAUGAUCACGCUCUUCGCCGUGUUUUUCCUGCUGCCGUACUUUGCCUACCUGCCGAAACCCGUCCUCUCAUCCAUGAUCACGGUCGUGGCCUGGUCACUGCUCGAAGAGGCUCCUCACGACAUCGCGUUCUUCUUCAAGAUCCGAGGUUGGACCGAGCUGGCGCUGAUGGCCAUCAUUUUCGUCUCGACAAUCUUCUACUCGCUUACCCUCGGCAUGGCCAUUGGGGUCGGCCUAUCUCUGCUCCAGGUCAUCAAACACUCGACUCGCCCUCGCAUCCAGAUCCUGGGCCGCAUCCCCGGUACGCAUCGCUUCGAGAACGCCGAGUUGAACCCCGACAGACUGGAGUUUGUCGAGGGCUGCUUCAUUGUCAAGAUCCCGGAGCCCUUGACCUUUGCCAACACGGGCGAGCUGAAGGCGCGCCUCCGGAGGCUGGAACUGUACGGCACGAGCAUGGCACACCCCGCCCUGCCGAGACUGCGGGGUGAGCAUCAUAACAAGAACGUCAUCUUCGAUAUUCACGGCGUGACAUCGCUGGAUGGAUCCGGCACGCAGGUGCUGCUGGAGAUCGUGAGCGGGUACAAGGAGCGUGGCGUCAGGGUGUUCUUCAGCCGCGGCCCCACCAACCCGCGCCAUCACAUCUGGAGACUAUUGAGGCAAGCGGGCAUCAUUGACCUGGUCGGCGGGGAGUCGCACUUCGUGUCUGAUGUCCAAGAAGCGUUGAAGAUGACCGAAUUUGAGGACAGUGUCAACGAAGUUACGAACCCGUAA